AUGCGGGCAGCUCUCGUACCCUCCCCUGUUGUAGUGAUUACAGGGAAGCUGAUGCGCAGCCACGUCCCUGGCAUGGUUGCAUCGAUCCCGCACAGACGGCAACUGAGUGGAAAGAGGUUCGUCGUGGGCGCCGACCAGCGCGUGUUCCCGUACGACCGCCAGAUGCCGCUCAUCUUCGUGGGCGGUGUCCCCCGCUCGGGCACCACGCUCAUGAGGGCCAUGCUGGACGCGCACCCUGAGGUCAGGUGCGGCCAGGAGACUCGCGUCAUCCCCCGCAUCCUGCAGAUGCGCUCCCACUGGCUCAAGUCGCAGAAGGAGAGCGUCAGGCUCGAGGAGGCUGGACUCUCUAAAGAGGUGCUGGACUCUGCGAUCGCGGCCUUCUGCCUGGAGGUGAUCGCGCGCCACGGUGAGCCGGCGCCGCGGCUCUGCAACAAGGACCCGCUGACGCUCAAGUCUGCCGCCUACCUGGCCGAGCUCUUCCCCAACGCCAAGUUCAUCUUCAUGCUGCGCGACGGACGCGCCACCGUGCACUCCAUCAUCUCCAGGAAGGUGACGAUAACGGGCUUCGACCUGUCGAGCUACCGGCAGUGCCUGGGCAAGUGGAACGCUGCGGUGCAGGUGAUGCACGGCCAGUGCCGCGAGGUGGGGCCGGCGCGCUGCCUCAUGGUGCCCUACGAGCAGCUGGUGCUGCACCCCCGCCUCUGGAUGGCGCGGGUGCUCGCCUUCCUGGACGUGCCCUGGAACGAGUCCGUGCUGCACCACGACCAGCUCAUCAACAAGCCGGGCGGCGUCGUGCUCUCCAGGGUGGAGCGUUCGUCGGACCAGGUGAUGAAGCCGGUGAACGCGGAGGCGCUGAGCAAGUGGGUGGGCCAGAUCCCGGAGGACGUGGUGCGCGACAUGGCGGCCGUGGCGCCCAUGCUGGCCGUGCUGGGCUACGACCCGGCGGCCAACCCGCCCGCCUACGGCCGGCCCGACGCCGCCGUCGCCGACAACACGGAGCGCGUGCGCGCCCAGCGCCGCCUCUGGGAGCAGAGGGCGCUGUCGCUGCUCAGCCUGCAGCGGCCGGCGCUGCCCGGGGUGCCCGUCACCACCCACGCCUCGUGACGCAGUCCGCCCUCCUCCACUACCUGUGCGAGCGCGACGUCAGCGCGACUGCGUCUCUCUCGAGACGCUCUGCGUGUUUGCCAGUGUUUUUCUAUCUGUUCCAAACUCAAACUUUUCGAGUGCCGUGAUUCUUGAGUUUCCCCCGGCGUAUUUGAUAAUCAAAAUAUCCACGGAUGUACUGCCGGUCUACAGAGUCCAACGGGCACAAUAUUUCGGCGAUCGUACAUGUCGCCAUCAUCAGGUGAACUGACGGACUGAGCUCCUGAGAACGCGCCGCCGCGACCGAAGCCAGUUCCCCCUGAGCAGCUAUAGCGUACGGAUCUACGUACCGGCACGUUCACAGGAGCUCAGUCUAUCAGUUCACCUGAUGAUGGCGACAUGUACGAUCGCCGAAAUAUUAUGUCCGUUGGACACUGUAGACCGGCAGUACAGCCGUGGAUAUUUUGAUUUUCGAGUGCCCUUUCCCGUUUUUUGAGUGACUUUCUGUUCCUUGUCAGUGACAGCGUCAUUAUGUAAAUAAAGCUACCAACUAAUAAAAUGGAGGGUGUGGUGUGCGUACUGUAAGACCUUCGAUACACACACCAACAGAUUAUAUGAUUCGUCGCUCUAACGAAGUAGGCGAGUGUCAGUAAUAUGUCUCGUGGUCUUAUUGUGGCGUGUUUAUCUUCUGCCGUUACGUCAGACGAUAGAAAUGCCACUUGCACGUUUAGAGUAGCAGAUUGACGGUGACCUACUUUAAACAGAACAUGAUUAAUUUUCACACACAUUUAUUAAAAUAAU